CGUGGUGGGGUCAGCGGUCCGGGUCAAUGUCGCCGUAAACCACUCGUGCAGCAGGCAGGUCAGCUGAUCGAGGCUGCCCUUUGCUACAUAGUUGUGAGUUCAUCUGUAGAGGAUAUACAACAGGCUCAGUACAGGACAGUACCACUAGCGUUGUACCGUUACGUCGUGGAGCCUUUGUAGCGUCGCGAUGUCUGACGAACAGAAGCUGCCGAGCGACCAAGAAGUUCGAGGAGGUGUCCAGGGGAGUCUGAAGUACUGGGUAGGGAAGCUGGAGUGUGGAGGAGAUGUGGAGAAACAGUGGUUCUACAAGCAGAAGUUUAUCAAGAGGCUACGUGAGUCGGAGAUCGCCAUAGAAACGGAAAAGGCCAAUGAACAACACUAUGAAGUCCCAACUGAAUACUUCACUACAGUUCUGGGCAAGUGGAGGAAAUACAGCUGCUGCUAUUGGCCAGAGGGGGUCAAUGAUCUGGAACAAGCGGAGGAAGCCAUGAUGAAGAUGUACGCAGAACGAGCCAAGCUGGAAGACGGACAUGCAGUCAUGGACCUUGGCUGCGGCUGGGGAGCCACGACUCUGUGGAUUCUACAGAACUACCCACAAUGCACGGUGGUGUGCGUGUCCAACUCCCAGACCCAGAGGGAGUACAUCGAGGGCCAGGCCGCUCAGCGAGGUUUUAGCAACCGUCUGGAGGCUGUCACUGCCGAUGCCAAUGUCUUCAGCACGGAGAAGACAUUUGACAGGAUCUUCUCUAUUGAGAUGUUUGAGCACAUGAGGAACUAUGAGAGGCUGUUCCAGAAGGUGUCCUCGUGGCUGAAGCCUGACGGACUGCUCUUCACACAGAUCCUGUGUCACAGGGAGUUUCCCUACGCCUUCGACACACGACAGGACGCAGACACCGAGUGGAUGGCCAAACACUUCUUCACUGGUGGCACCAUGCCCUCGGCUGACCUCUUCCUCUACUUCCAGAAUGAAGUAUGUCUGGUGGACCAUUGGAGGCUGAAUGGUACACACUACACCAAGACUCUGGACACCUGGCUGGAGAGGCUUGAUGCAAACAUAGAUCAGGUUCGUGAAAUCAUGACCAAAACGUACAAAGAGGAUGCCGGCAAGCAGAUCUUCAACUGGAGGAUGUUUUUCAUGUUCUGCUCCGAAGUUUUCCAGUACAAGGAGGGGAACGAGUGGAUGGUGUCCUUCCAUCUCUUCAGGAAGCGCUGAGACUGUCUUGCACUUGGCCUUCGAUUCGUGUUGUAUAUGGGGACAUCAUGGAUAAAAAGUCUGGAUGGAUUUGUGUGAGGUUGAUGUAAACAAUUUUCAGGUAUUGGAAGGUGAAAGACGAUUUUCUUACAAGUUGAUGAUUUGUCUGAUUACACAGAAUUUUAAACAACCAAAUCAAUCUUACUCAGCAACAAAUCUGUGAUUGAGAUAUCACAUUGUAUUAUUUUACAGCUGUAUGUUGCAUGAAAUGAAAUCUAGGUUAUGAAGAGCCAUGCAUUUUUCUCUUUGGUCAGAUUCUUCAUCCUCAUCUACAAACCCACCUGACACAACCUAGUAAAAAUGCAAGAUUUGAUUAGUUUGUACCUGCCAGUACUUGUAAGUUGUAUUCACAUGGGUAAUGCAGUGCCUGUACUUGGCUGGCAUUUUACUAGAUAAUGAGCACAAGAGGGAAUUACUUCUCAUUAGGCAUUGAACCGUUGUAUAUGAAUUUUUUUGAAAGUAAAUGGAAGUGAGCAGCAACUUCAGGUACCACCUUUUAAUUUAGUACAGCUAAGUGUAGGUUACUGUUUGACAACCCUAUCUAGGUUCUUUUCAAUAUCAAGUUACUAUAGACCUUGUUGUAACACCAAGGACGAUAUAACGUCCUUGGUAACACCUAGAAAUAUUCCACGAGUUUUCACAUGUUUUUCAAUGUGGGAGUCACAUUCUUCCAGAGUUUGGGCAAGUUCUCAAAACAUGUAAACUUCAGGGUGUGUGGUUAAUUACUAAGGACUUUGGCCUUAUUCUGGUUGUCAUAGCAAAUGCUUUUAGGCUGGAGAAAAACACUGGGGAACUAAAUUUAAGCCAAAGCUUCUUUAUAAUUCGUCCCAAUAGCUUUAAAAAAAUACUUAUACACUUUAUUAGGUCUGUGCAAAAGUCACUAAAUUGGUCACAAAUUCUAUUGGCAUUGCAAUUAAAUAGACCGGUAACUCUUGAAUAAUGUUUGACCCAAAUACAACAUAAUGCAGACAGCAAGAUAUACUGUUAGAUGAUGAGAAAUGUAUUUUAUUGAGCAUUGGACAGACAUGCGUGAAUAAAUAAAACCUGAGAGCUGUC